AUGAGCUGUCGGAAAGCUGCCGACAUCUGUCGUCUUACUUACUCAGCUGCAGUCAAGCAAGUGGAAAGAUUCGGGCCCGAUCAAGCGGCAACCUAUUCAAGGACGGCCAAAAAAGACGUCAAAGAGACUUCGACCUUCCUCAGAAGCAUCAAGAAAGAUCCUUGCAAAUCUGCUUCAAAUUAUUGCAAAGCAGUCGCUUCCUACUAUGAGCUUGCAAUCCCCCAGAACACAACUUCAGGAUUGGAUUGGACAAGGACAUCAGGAUUGUUCGACGGA